AUGCCCAACUCAAUCGAGCUCAUCCAGCCCUAUCCCACUCUUCACCCACACCACCACCACCACCACCACGACAUCGAAACCCCCAAACCCCAACCCUACCCAACCCUCGACCAAACCCCCUCCAUCUCCCGCGCCUCCUACUCCUUCCCCGAAGGCGGCACCGCCGCCUGGCUCGUCAUCCUCGGCUCCUUCUCCAUCAUCGCCGGCACCUUCGGCCUCAUCUCCUCCGUCGGCCUCUUCCAAUCCUACUGGCAAUCCCACCAGCUCUCCUCCUACACCUCCCGCGAUCUCGGCUGGAUUGGCGCCGUCAACGUCUUCCUCAACUUGCUUCUCGGCGUGCAAAUCGGGCCCUUAUUCGACCGUUACGGCCCGAGAUGGCUGAUUGCCGUGGGCAGUGUGGCGUUUGUGGGGAGUUUGGUACUGCUGGCGGAGUGUAAAGUGUAUUGGCAUUUUAUGCUUGUUUAUGGUGUGCUGGGGGGGAGCGCGAGUGCGUUUUUGACGACGACGGCUUUGAGUGUUGUUGCGCAUUGUAAGUGCUCGUAA